AUGCAGAGACAGACUCAUCUGCCUGCUGGGCACAGAGUGUCUCCCAGGGCAUCGUCUUCUUGGCUGCCCCUUGCACUGGCGCUAGGGGCCCAGGUGCUGUGCCUGCUUUUGAUGAUAGGACUCAGAGUCUACAAUGGCCAGGUCAGCGAGCUGGGCCGAGAGCUAGGCCGAAAGAAGGGAAAUAACACCCAGCUGUUGACAUCCUGCCAUGGCCAGAAGCCAGGCUUUUCAGGAACGCCAGAGGAACAGCCUCGUGAUACAGGGGAGAAGUGUCCAGCACGGUGGAUUUCCCAUGAGGACAGGUCCUAUCUCUUUUCUCCUGAAAAAGGAACUUGGGAACAGUGUAAAUCUUCCUGCAUUUCUCAAACUGCCUUCCUGCUCACCUUUGAGAAUAAAGAAGAGCUG